GCGAUCCUCCUCGCCCGUUCGCGUCCGCUCAAACUCGCCCCCGAAUACAUUUGCAUAUCACUAUACAUACCCCCUUUGUUCUAUUUCUAUGCUGUUUUCAUUACAAAGACUUUAACAAUCAGUUUUAUACGAUAUUUCGAGGCAUGAGGUCGCUUUUCGGUUAGCUCGUGGACCGCAGUUAAAAUGGCUGCCCUACAGUGGCUGCUGCUCACCUUGGCGCUGACUACAGCUACAGCUGACGAAGCUACCGACCCUAAAGGCCUUCAAGAACCUGCCACUGAGUCCGUUGUGAAUGAUGGUGAAUACUCCGCGUACGUGGGCCCCUGGGCUGAAUGCAAACUCAUGGGGCAGGGGGAGCACGCCACGAGGACCGUUGAAAGAUAUCUAAGACCGGAAGCCAACUCUUUGGUUCACACGCCUUCAUUGGGUAUACAACGUCGCCAAGUUCAGUGCCGUUACAAGGAUGGCAAGUUUGUCGAAAACAUGUACUGCGGUGCUGCUCUCGCACAAAUUGGCACCACGCGAAUUUGUCUCAUGAAAGUAGACUGCGCUCUUGGAGAAUGGCUUCCAUGGAGGCCCAGAUCAGACGGAGCCCUUGUACGGACUAGACGUCUGAAACGACUUCCAAUAGGUGGUGGUGCGGAGUGCGACGUGGUAGAGGAAGUUCGUCCAGCGGCUAUGGAAGCGAGUGCUCAUUGGGUACCGGGCGCCUGGGGACCAUGCCGUGUUGCCAUCGAGACCACGGCACCUCUGCCUCCCGUCAACAAUGAUGAUGAUGAUGAUUUGGACAAUGACGCAAACUACGACGACGACGACGACGACGAUGAUGAUGAUGACUCAGAUGACGACAAGGACUCUGAAGCGAGCUGCGGUGGUGGGGUUCAACGGCGGGAAGCUACUUGCGUGCGAGCUGAUGGAAGAGCUCUGCAUCCGGCUCAAUGCGCUCAUGCUCUCAUGCCAACGCUAGUCCAACCUUGUGAGGUGCCUUGUCCGCGAGACUGCGAGGUUGGCGAAUGGAGUGACUGGAGUGCCUGUCAACCUGUAGACGGCUGCCCUCUAUUCCCGGUACAACAACUUACGACAACAGUAAACGUUUACAACGUUCACAACGUUUACUAUAACGACGAUGACGACGAUAUAAGACAAGUGGCAGGCGUCACAUGGAACAGAGUGGCUCAAGAAAGACAUGAGUGGAAAAGAAAGAAACGUGGUAUUCCUUACAUCACGACAAAUCCAACGCUAGGAAUCCUCGAGGACUUCAAUGAAAAUCAGUCAAUCGUGAAUACAUUAACAAAACGAUCGCGUUCUAAUGAAGCGUCCCACUCAUUUAUGUACGGACUGAAGUACUCUCAUGUAAAUCAUGUUCCUGAGUUAGCGACCGAUUGA